UCUUCUUUGUAUCUAUGAGUCUGUUUCAAUUUUGUUUGUUCAUUUAUUUUGUUCUUUAGAUUCCACGUAUAAGUGAAUCAAAUGGUACUUGUCGUUCUCCGUCUGACAUAUGUAACUUAGCAUAAUACCCUCUAGGUCCAUCCACGCUGCUGCGCGUGGUAAGAUUUCAUUCUUGUUCUGGUACAGCACUGUUACACCUGAUAAAAAUGUCCUUCCUUAAUUCCUUCCCUUCACACAAAACAUAUUGCCCGUGUUUGAUAUUCUUUUUCUUCCUGGCUUUAUAGUCUUCAGUGUUCUUCUCUGAAUAUUAUUAUUUUGCUAUUUUCCCUUACUCAGAAUCCCUUUUUAAGGUUUAAUCAUCCUGAGUCUUUUUCUUGAAAUUCAUGUACUUGUUAUUUUGUAUUCUAAAAUAACAAAUUUGCCCAUUUUCUCUUAAAAAAAUGUAUUUUUUCCUUCUCUCUUUUGAUCUAACUUAAUUUAUAUUUAAAAAAAUUUUGAGCCUGUUUUUGAUUUUGUGUUUUGCAGUAUUUUAAUUGCAGUUUUCCCAUCCUGAGGAUCUGUUGAAUUGUUACUAUGUAUUUGAUAAACACAAUUUAUGUAUUCUAUGUUUUUAGUCAAUUGAAGACAAUGAAGUAUAUUUGCCUAAUGAUGAAAUUUGGACCUAUGAUAUUGAUAGUGGGUUGUGGACAAUGCAUCUCAUGGAAGGAGAACUCCCUACCUCCAUGUCAGGAAGUUGCGGUGCUUGCAUUAAUGGAAAGCUGUAUGUUUUUGGAGGAUAUGAUGACAAAGGAUACAGCAACCGAAGAUGGAACCUACGUUUGGGAAAAAAUCACCAACUUUGAAGGAAAACCACCCACACCACGUGAUAAACUUUCUUGCUGGGUAUAUAAAGACAGAUUAAUAUAUUUUGGUGGCUAUGGGUGUAGGAGACACAAUGAACUCCAAGACUGUUUUGAUGUUCAUGAUGCGUCUUGGGAAGAGCAGAUAUUCUGGGGAUGGCAUAAUGAUGUUCAUGUAUUUGACACAAAGACACAGAGUUGGUUUCAACCAGAAAUUAAAGGUGGAGUUCCACCACAGCCACGAGCUGCACAUACAUGUGCAGUUCUUGGAAAUAAAGGCUAUAUCUUUGGUGGACGCGUUUUGCAAACUAGGAUGAAUGAUUUGCACUAUCUAAACUUAGAUACCUGGACUUGGUCUGGAAGGAUUCCUAUUAGUGGAGAAAACCCUAAACAUCGAUCAUGGCAUACUUUAACACCAAUAGCGGACGAUAAGCUUUUCUUAUUUGGUGGAUUAAGUGCGGACAAUAUUCCAUUAAGUGAUGGUUGGAUUCAUAAUGUUAUAACAAAUUGUUGGAAACAGCUGACACAUUUACCUAAAACAAGACCCAGGUUAUGGCACACAGCCUGUUUGGGAAAAGAAAAUGAAAUAAUGGUAUUUGGUGGGAGCAAAGAUGAUUUACUUUCCUUGGAUACAGGUCACUGUAAUGAUUUAUUGAUCUUUCAAACCCAGCCUUAUUCACUACUCAGGUCAUGUCUUGACUGCAUUGGUAAAAAUGCUAUAAUUUUAGAAAGUCAAAUAUCUUUAUUACCUCCUAAACUUCUGCGACAAGUACUCAAAAAAAUCACAUUUUGGACUGCAGCUAACCACCGAGAAGAACAAAGAGCCCAAAAAGAAGAAACAGAAACUAAGUAUCAGUGGAUCAGUAACAAUUAAGUUGUUAUAUACUUUAUGUAUUUAACAUGUUUAAAAAUUUUAAUCAUAGUGUAUAUUUAUUCCCCAAAUUGGAGGCUUUAUUUAGAAGAUAAAAUUUGCAGCAGAAAUGCUAUGUUAAAGUGAUUACAUGGAAUGGGAUAUAUGGGAGUGAGAUGUUAAUGGCAGAUUAAUUUAUAUUUCUAAAAUAAAUUCCUUAUAAGCUGCAGAAAAAAUAUACUUUCUGAAAGUAAGUACAGUUGUAGGAGAUUUUAACUCACUGUGUACUCAUUACUGGAAAGAUUAUACAAAUUUGAAGAGAAUAAGAAGUUACCCAAGGACUUUAGAAAUCUUUCAACAUGAUACAUAGAAACACUACAUAUUCACCUUUAGAAAGAAUAGAUUCUUUCAAGUCACUUUAAAAUUACCUGAAGCUUCUCAUUAAAUAACUCAGUUAUUUAAAUAACGUUUCCUACAUUACUACUACAGCCGGCCAACAUUAUAAAAUAGGCAAACACUGGUAUGGUGUUAAGUGUGGAACACCUACCCUUUUACCACUCAUUUAGUAAAAUAUUCUUAAGCAUCGACAUUAUAUCUGAAGUUUAAAAUGUUAGAGCAAAUAUAUUUCUCUCUUGAAAUAUAUGUGUAAUUUAUAGUGAAAAUUAUAGUAGUUUGUAGUACCUCAUUAAAUUUUUGAGAUAUAUUUUAUAUAUAUGUAUUAUAUUUUCGAUGUGUAAAGCUUCUAUUUAUGUAUUGAAAUAGUGUGUUUACAUUUUAUUUAUUAUACAACCUAUGUAGAUUUACUAUUUUCCCAGUUUUUUCAGUGUGAACUGUCAUUAGAGUUGAUUGUACAAACAAUAUUUCAGUGUAAGUUUUCAUUUUUUCUUACUAUUUUUAGGCUGAAUAACAGAUUUAGAAAAUGAAUAUUGCAGGAAAUAUACAUCUUAUAAGUAAUUAUUUUAUUACAGUGAGCUUCAGUAUCAGCAUUUCAUAUUUAAGGGAAAACUAUCAAAACCUAUUAGAUGAUUAUAGAUGACAUUGAGUGGAAUGAACACUUUUUAAAAUGGCUUCUGGAUUAUAUGAAUGCCUUCUCUAGCUUCUUAGAAAAGACUUCUGUUUUCAAGUGGACAUUAAAAGUUGGAUUAGCCCCUCAAAAUACACACCAACGUUUAGGCUUCAAGAAAAUGAAAAUCUAUUAUCUAUGGCACAUGUAACUGGUGCUGUACUUAUUUGACCUAAUAGAUUGUAUUACUCUAAAAAUUGUAUGUCUUGAGGUAACCUCAUAGUGGGAGUGGCAGAGAAUUCUGAUAUUUAACUUGUUUCUAUAACUUGGUUUAAACGAAGGCUCUCCUGCUAUUAGGAGAUACAGAAAUUCUGGGAGCUGGCAAAGCCAGUUUUGAAGUUUGAUAGCGAAGCUGUAUUCAUUCCUCACUUCUCAGCAGCAGAUGUCAGCUGUCAACUUUUGUGUUGUUGACCUCCACAGUAUAUAGGAGCCCAAGGCAAUGACAGUCUCAUAACGUUAGCUCUGAACUGUCCCGUAUGGGCUCUCUGUUUGAAAGAAGGUUCUAAAAGGUUUUAUUCAGGUGGUUCAUAAGAUAGGUCUCCAUUCUGGUUCUCAAGGAAAAAGAAUUUCUGGCCACCUUUAUUAUGUUUCUCAGGAUAUUCUUCCAGUUGUCAGGAAGGGUUCUUUUUUUAGUACUAUCAUUUUUAGUAUGACAUAGUAAAUAGCACAUCAAAAUUAGUGUACCUUUUUUUCCAAAUAGUAUUUUUGCACAAACAUCUUUAAAAAAUUAUUAGCCUUUUGAUAGAAGCUUAAAAUAUUCUUUAGAACUCCAUAGUGUCAGCACAGGCAUAAACUGAUGUUUUCACCAGUACCUUAUUUAUAUUGUUAUGUACAUGUGAGAGAAAAUAAACCUACUAAGACAGAGUAA